AUGCACAUGCCCACGGCCCACCCGGACGGCUCGUUCCCCGGAGGGAGCCCGGAGCGUGCCGGCGGAUACAACAAGCCCCGGCGGUUGUCCAACAGCAGCAGCACCAGUUCGGUAACGACCAGCAGCGUCGGGCACGACAGCGUCGACAGCCGUGUGCGCACUUCGUCGUUCACGAGCAGCCAGACGAGCUUUGAUUCGUACAGCCCGCGGACGUCUUCAGCACCAGUGACAUGGCAGAACGGUGCAGGCGGGCAAAGUUAUCCCUGGCAUCGGCCAGCGCCCAUCAAGCAGCGGAAGAAGGCCCAGCCAGGGGAGCAGUUUGCGGCACUACCCGGGGAGAUUCUGGAGCUGAUCCUGGCGGAACUGCGCAAGCUGCACCUGCGGCCGGGAAGCAACAGCUGCGCGACGUGCUGGAUGCGGGACUGUUGCUCGGUGGCGAUCAGCGCUCGCAAGUUUCUCAAGUAUGCCCGCGAAGCGUUAUAUCAACACAUUCAACUGGUGGGCCACGAAUCGCCUGCGAUGAAGAAGCGGACCAAGACAGCUUACGGCUCGCGACUGGUGUUGCUCCGACGGACGUUGAGAGCGAAUGCGCAAAUCGCGGCGGCCGUGCGGUCGCUGAAGCCGCCUGCUAGGCCGAUGUCGGUUGGGUUGAUCGCGUACAACGACCUAGUCGCGUCGGUGGUGAUGGCCUGUCCCAACCUGGAACGGCUGGUAGGCUACCACCCGACGUACGACCACUCGUUUCAGCGCUUGUUCCAAGCCCUGUCGACACGGCCGAAGCUGAAAGAGAUGAACUGGAUCUUGGAACCAUCGGCAAAACAACAGCAGCAGAGGAUGCGCCCGCAGGAGGCGCGAUGGGGACCAGGUGACCUGGAACCACAGGAGUCACAACUGUUUAUGGGUUUCCACGCGGACUGGAGGCAGCUCACCACGCUGGUUGUGCACUGUCAGCCAGGGGCGGCGUUGAGCCCCCCCAGCUUGCUGGGCGGUACGAUUCGAGCGUUGCCAGCGCUGCAGAACCUCUACCUUUCUCACAUGCCCCCAACGGCCUUCAAUGACAGGAACCUCCUCGCGCUGCCUGCACUGAGGAAACUGUCACUCAGCUCAUGCACGGGUGUUACGACCGCCGGCCUCUCCGCGCUUGCAACCCGCCGAACAAGCACGUCCCUCAGCGCCCUCACACUGCUCCAGAUGAACGUCGAGUCACUUCCGGCCAUCGCCCGCAUCCUUUCGUACCUUGUCCGCCUUGAAACAUUCACCAUCGUUCAAACCUACGCCCCCGAGAUGCCGCCCGACGAGUUCAUGAUCCUUUUCCCUUAUCUCGCUUCGCAGUCCCUCCGAAAACUUCACUGGGAUAUCCCCUAUUUACCGAACACGUCGACCCCGGCCGAUACCAUUCUUGCGCGGAGCAUCUCAGCUGGCGGGUUCCCAUCGCUGCGGGCCUUGUGCACACCGAACGAUCCAGACGGGCUGUUCCAGUCUCUCUGCGCACCGCGUGAGCGCGUGGAUCACCCGACGGACCGAUACCGCGGGCUGUUCCCCGUUCCGGGCCAGACAGGCCAGAACACGACACCCUGGGGACAUACUCGCAACAGCUCGAGUUUCUCGUCUACCAACAGCGGAGGGGCCGCUGCUACUCCGACAGGAAACGGCAGCAGCGGCCUCAGUUUCGGUCGGUCUACCCCGACCUCUAUGAACCCCUUCCGCUCCCGUAGCCGCACCAACAGCCGUCCCAACACCCCCAACGGCACUGGCAACGGCGGCGCCAACACUCCAACUCCUCAAUCCCCUCUCUUCCCCCCCUUGGACGCCCUGAUCCCACGCGAAAACAGCAACCUCGCCCAGGCGCGUCUUGCCGCCCAAGCUCGUCUCGAAGCCGCCCAGCGCAUUCCCCGCUACCUCGUUCACGUCUUUGACGAAGACCAAGGCGCCAUGGUUGAAAAGUUUGGGAUUGGCGCCUUUUUGGGGCAUGUGGAGUCCCGGAUCCGGUAUGUGCUCUCGCCCGAUGUGGCGUCGGGUGCGACGGAUGAAGGAGGUGGGGUGGUUAGUGUGGAGGAUAUGAUGCGGGAUGAUGGAGGGGAAAUGGUUGGGUUUUUCGGUGGGUUCUUGGGUGGGAGUGGGAGUCGUCGUGGUAGUAGUGCUGGUGGUGCUGGUGAUGAGACGAACGGGGACACGCCGGAUACGCGAGGGGAAGGGUGUACGGGACGGUGGAACACGUAUAGUGGGAUGGUGGUGGAUAAGAAGGACCAGGAACGAUGGUGGCAUCAGGAGAGGGGAAGAUGGAGGGGGGUGGUACUUUCAUGA